AUGCUAAGCAAAGCCAAGAAAGGUUCUCACAAUCGCACAAGAGAUAAUAUGGGGUUUGAAAUGAAAAGGCUUAGUGCCCCCCAAAGAACUGGGAGGCUAGGUCGUGGUCUGGAGAUGGGAGACGGCCAUCAGGAGCACUCCAUGCAACUGGGGUUGCCUCAUGGCUCACUCGAUCGAGCUUGCGGCUCCUCUUCCUCCUCUUCUUCAUCUUGA